AUGUCUUCAUCUUCUAUACUAAGUCUAGAGGGCGUAUGGACCUACAUCUCACUCAGUAGCGCACUUCUUGUCCUUGCAUUAUGGCUCGGACACCGAGUGGUCCUCGCACUUUACAAUAUCUCUCCACUCCAUCCCCUAUACAGUAUACCUGGACCAAAGCUGGCCGCGGCUUCGUAUCUUUAUGAAGCAUGGUAUGACUUAAUCAAGGUUGGAAGAUAUUCCUGGGAGAUCAAAGCUAUGCAUGAGAAAUACGGAUCAAUUGUACGGAUAAACCCGGAUGAGCUUCACUGUGAUGACUACAGCUUUGUCGAAGAGAUAUACCCGUCCGUUGGAAACCGUAUACGCGACAAGCAGCCGCAUUUUCUUGCAGCAUUCGCUGGGCCACUUACCGAAUCUUCAUUUGCAACCCGAUACCAUGAACUCCAUCGUAUCCGAAGAAGCGCUAUCAGCAAAUUCUUCUCUCGGCAGGGGAUGCUCAUGUAUGAGCCAGAGGUUCACGAGCUGGCGCAAAAGAUGUGCAAUAAACUUCUGAGAUUGACGGAAUCCGGCCAAGUUAUGAACAUUGCGGAUCCGUUUAAUUGCUUCACGGCCGAUACUAUUUCUCAGUAUUGCUUUGGAGAGUCAUUUGGAUUUCUCGAUAGACCUGAUUUUGAACGCAGUUUCAAGAAGGCAUCCCAAACUAUUGUCAAUACUAGCCAUGUCUUUCGUCAUAUUCCAAUCCUACGGCACUUGAUCGGCCUAAUGCCUACAAUUGGCCCUUACCUGGGAUCUGAUAUUGCCUUCAUGGUCGAGUCCAUGACCGAGACGAUCCCUAACCACAUCAUCCGAGCGCAGCAACAAAAGUCUGUCAGUAGCCCGCGCAUCUUUACCGAGAUUAUGAAUUCUCCAAUACCUGAAGAGGAAAAGACUAUUUAUCGCCUUUCUGGUGAGGGCUGGUCCUUGGUUACGGCCGGCUCUGAGACCACUGCUUCUACUCUAUGCGCCAUCACAUACUUCCUCUUAUCUCAGCCCGAGAAGCUCGCGCGUCUUAGGGAGGAGCUCAAAGAUGAAGAUCCUCACAAGCUAAGCUGGGUUCAGUUGGAGAAGUAUCCAUACCUGCAUGGAGUCGUAUUUGAAGCAUUGCGCGUUGCCUUUGGCAUUCCUGUUCGUACUACGCGCAUUGCCCGUGAGGAAGAUCUCGUAUACAACAACCGCGGAUUCAGCUAUGUCAUCCCCCGAGGGAGUACGAUUGGGAUGAGCGCUUUCAUCAACCAUAACAAUGAGGAAAUCUUCGCUGAUCCGGAUAAAUACGAACCAGAGAGAUGGAUUACUGCGCAGGGAAAGCCUGACUAUGGGAUGGAGAAGUAUAUCAUGUCCUUUUCCAAGGGAUCACGCCAAUGUAUUGGAAUGAACCUUGCAUUCUGUGAGAUAUACCUAGCCACUGCGGCCAUGGCCCUUCGAGUUCUACCACAUCUGAAGCUUCAUGACACAAUUUAUGAGGAUAUCAAGUAUCAUCACGACGCUAUGAUUUCACAGCCUAAGAAAGGAGCUCGUGGGGUCAGGGUUAAAGCCAUAGAUGCGCAUACGCGUUGA